AUGCUGUCGAAGCUGCGACCGCUGCCCAAUGAAACUGCGGUAGAUAGGCAUCCGAGGAUCGGCAGGCGUGGAAAUCUGUUGAUUCUUGAACGUUGGAGCAAUCCGGGGACCUAUGAGUCUUCGGCAACGGAGAUUGCCUGCGACCAGAGCUCUUCGACUGCGUGCAUGCGUCAAGGUGGGGUGGGGUUUGGCAGCGAUCGUUGA